AUGAAAGAUGAUGAGAGUAGAGAGCUACAGGAAAUUUUCAGUAUAUCAGGGGCAUGUUACAACUGCAUAGUCAUUAUUCCAACAACCUCACGGUUUACCACCUUUGCCAAAUCGGGCGGACCUCGCACUAACGCUCAGGUCUUGGCGGAUGAAACGCUCAAGCCGCAAGCAAUGGCUUAUGUAAGCGACGCACGGUCUACGACAGUCUGCCAAGCCAACGCGCAACCCCCAGCCACCAGCCCUCGACUUCAUCACCAACGUUCAUCAACGGGUUCCCCCCAUCGCACCUAUACAGCACCUAUACACAUACUCAACAAACCGAAUAUCCCUCCAUUUCUGCUCUCACUUGUUGCGCGUAUCAAGUGUUCGACUUAG